UCGCGCUGCUCGGUUGCUUCGGCGCGCGUUUGCGGUCUGAAUUUGGAAACUUUCGUUAAAAUCAAAAUACCUAAAUAACACGCCGAUCGGUUGAAAAAUCGUCUUAGUUAAAAGGAAAGAAAGAAUACUUUGAUCACGGCGUUGUUAAGAGCGAACAUGACACCUGACAGUGGUGCAAUAAACAAUGCGGCAUCUGCAACGGUGGCCAAUGAAAAUGCAGACUCCAACAAAGGUGACGAUGACUGCACUUUGGAUGGCAUUUUGGYGCGUAUAGGGCAAUUCGGCCGCUUUCAGCUCUUCAACUAUGUGCUGCUGUGCAUACCGAUGAUCUUCAAUGCCUUCUUCUCCAUCUCGUAUGUGUUUACGGCGAGUACAGUGGUGCACAGAUGUAACGUGACGCAGUGCGACAGCGCGUGGAGCGCCUACGAUGAACGAUGGCUCAACUACACCAUACCCAUGAWGGGCUCAAGCUAUGAUCAGUGCACGCGCUAUGUGUCUAACGGUAAUGCCGAACGUACAUCCACGAAUUAUUAUACACAGCCCUCGAGUGAGUUCUGCGCACCGGCGUAUUUCAGUCAAAGUGUUACAGAGAAAUGUGGAAACGAUUUCAAGUUUCGCGAUACUGAAUAUACGAUAUCGAAUGAGUUUUCCAUCUUUUGCUCGAGCAUAUGGAUGCUGACCUUGGUCGGUACGGUGAAUAAUAUUGGACAGUUUGUGGGCAUACCAGUGGGUGGAUUUUUUGCAGAUCGUUUUGGUCGUCGCACAAUGCUCGCCGUAGGCGGUUUCCUYAGUGCCAUUAUGGGUAUACUGCGCUCGAUAUCCACCAACUACUACAUGUUCAUAGCUUUCGAAUUCAUCGAUAUGGCUGUUGGUAGCACACUCUUUCCAACGGCAUUUCUGCUAGCCAUCGAAUUAGUGGGACCCAAACGACGCGUGGCCGCCGCUACCAUCAUAACCAUUUUCUAUUCGCUUGGCGAGGCGUUGUUGGGUGUUUUAGCGCAACAAUUCCAGAACUGGCGUGAUUUAUUGCGCGUGCUCUACACACCAGCGCUCUUACUGAUAGUCUUCCUUUUCGUGCUGCCGGAGAGUGUACGCUGGCUGCUGAGUCAGGGUCGAGAGGAGGAUGCUACACACUUGUUGAAACGUGCCGCACGCAUAAAUAAACGUGAAAUACCAGAAAAUGAUCUGAAAGCUUUGGUAGCGGAAAACCAGGCGAAGCUGGCGCAGGCGCACGAAAGCCACUAUCCGAUAGUGAAAGCUUUAAAGCUAUUUCGUUGGCGUAUUUUGAAUUGUUGCUUCUGUUGGUUUACGCACACUUUGGUUGCGCUGGGCCUGAGUCUUACCUCGGUCACAMUGGGCGGUAACAAGUAUACAAAUUUUCAAUUGAAUGGCUUGGUACAAGUGCCCGGCUUAAUUUUGCCGCUAUUGAUUAUGGAUCGCAUUGGGCGUCGCUACUCGCUGUGUGGCUCGAUGCUAGUGUGUGCGAUUUGUAUGGGCAUUACAGCGUUGGUGGGUGGAAAUCAUGAGGUUACCGAGUUGGUGCUCUUUUUAAUCGGCAAAUUUGCUAUUACAUGCAGUUUCCAGAUCUUAUACUUUUUCACCUCGGAAAUAUUCCCUACAAAUGUACGCAACAGUUUGCUGUCAUUUUGCUCUAUGAUUGGACGCAUCGGAUCGAUGCUGGCUCCACAAGCACCACUUUUGGCCAAUUACUAUGAGUAUGCGCCGCAAAUACUCUUUGCUAGCUUUGCAUUAAUUAGCGGUACAUUAACGCUGCUCUUCCCUGAAACGACUGAUAAAGUCUUACCAACAACGCUACAAGAUGCCGAGCAAUUGAAUGAUAAAAAACGUCAAAAUAAGGCAAAUAUUGUUGAAUGAGUUAGAUUGCGCGUUGGAGUGAAGUGUUUUGCGAGUUGUAAAAUAUAUAGCAAUUACACUUAGAAAUUUUUGUUAAAAUAUUCUAUAUUUAACACAUUUGCAUGAAUACUUAAUUUAAAUGUGUAUUAAUGUAUAUUUUUAUAUGUGUAGAAAUACGUUAUAGGUCGUAGUGUAAUAUAAAAACUAGUAAAUAAAAUUGUUUUCGUUAAUAAAUAUAUUUAGCGUAGAAUUUAUCGUGAAACUAUGAGC